UAGACCUCCGUCGAAGCAGCAGCAGCAGUGCAUGCAUCAUAAAGAUGAGCGUGGACGCGUAUGGGCCGAGUAGCCAAACGCUCACCUUCCUGGACACCGAGGAAGCUGAUCUCAUCGGAGCGGAUACCCAGGGCAGCGAAUUUGACUUCACUGACUUUACACUACCGUCGCCCAGCCAGACCCAAGCGUCUCAGCAUGAUCAAGCCCAAGCCAAUCAACAGAGCCAACCCGUCCAGAUUAAUGGAUCAGUUGGUCCAUCAGCAUUGGACCUGAAAAUAUCUGGUGCAGCUCACAAUUUAGCAGAACUUCAAUUUGAAGAAGAAGAAGAAGAAGCUUAUUAUAAUCGAGAUCUACCAGAGCAUGCUUGUAAAUAUUGUGGUAUCCAUGAAGCAUCUUGUGUGGUAAUGUGUAACGUUUGUCGUAAGUGGUUCUGUAAUGGCAGAGGCAAUACAUCUGGAUCUCACAUUAUCAAUCACUUAGUUCGUGCUAAGCAUAAAGAAGUUACUUUGCACAGGGAUGGACCUUUAGGAGAAACUAUAUUGGAAUGUUACUCAUGUGCAGUGAGGAACGUUUUCGUUCUUGGUUUUAUACCAGCAAAAGCAGAUUCGGUAGUAGUUUUAUUAUGUCGUCAACCAUGUGCAGCGCAAAGCUCUUUAAAAGACAUGAAUUGGGAUCAAGAACAAUGGAAGCCUUUGAUAGAAGACCGUAGUUUUCUCUCGUGGCUCGUAAAAAUACCGUCAGAACAAGAGCAGCUUCGAGCCCGUCAAAUCUCAGCCCAACAAAUAAAUAAGCUUGAGGAGUUGUGGCGUGAUAAUGUUGACGCCACUUUCCAAGAUCUUGAGAAGCCUGGUGUAGACGAGGAACCACAACAAGUGUUACUUCGUUACGAAGACGGCUAUCAAUAUCAGAAUAUAUUUGGACCACUUGUGAAACUCGAGGCGGAUUACGAUAAGCGUUUGAAAGAAUCGCAGACACAGGAAAAUAUCGAAGUACGUUGGGACGUAGGUUUGAAUAAGAAGACGAUAGCAUAUUUCAUGCUAGCGAAAACUGACGGAGAUAUGAAACUUAUGCACGGUGACGAAUUGAGACUGAGAUAUCUAGGUGAAUUACAUAAACCUUGGUCGGGUAUCGGUCACGUCAUUAAAAUUCCCGAUAAUUAUGGCGAAGAAGUUGGUAUUGAGCUGAAGAAUAAUUCGGGCGCACCCAUUGAAUGUACCAGCAACUUUGUAGUUGAUUUUAUUUGGAAGAGUACUAGUUUUGAUCGAAUGCAACUGGCACUGCGUAAAUUCGCAGUUGACGACAGCUCAGUCUCGGCCUACAUUUACCAUCGACUCCUCGGUCACGAAGUCGAAGAGGUGCUUUUCCGUUGUCACUUGCCCAAGCACUUUAGCGCACCGAACUUGCCUGAUCUCAAUCGUUCGCAAGUCUAUGCCGUAAAACAUGCAAUUCAACGUCCUUUGUCCCUUAUUCAAGGACCUCCAGGAACUGGUAAAACCGUCACCAGUGCCACUAUUGUUUACCAACUUGUUAAGCAAAACGGUGGCCCAGUUCUUGUUUGUGCACCGUCCAAUACUGCUGUCGAUCAGCUCACUGAGAAGAUUCACAAGAGUAAUUUAAAAGUGGUGAGAUUGUGUGCCAAGUCGAGGGAAGCUAUCGAUUCGCCAGUUAGUUUUCUGGCUCUGCACAAUCAGAUUAAGAAUAUGGAAACUAAUACGGAACUACAGAAGCUUCAACAAUUGAAAGAUGAAACUGGAGAGUUGUCUAGUAUAGAUGAAAAGAGAUACAGACUUUUGAAAAAGGCAGCUGAAAAGGAAUUACUCGAAGCAGCCGAUGUAAUUUGUUGUACAUGCGUGGGUGCAGGUGAUCCUCGCUUGCACCGGUUGAAAUUUCACUCCAUUUUGAUCGAUGAGAGUAUGCAAGCUACAGAGCCCGAAUGUAUGGUGCCGGUAGUGCUGGGAGCCAAGCAGCUUAUCCUUGUGGGUGAUCACUGCCAGCUUGGACCCGUGGUCAUGUGUAAAAAAGCCGCGCGUGCCGGACUCUCGCAAUCGCUCUUUGAAAGACUCGUUGUACUUGGAAUUCGACCGUUUAGGCUUGAAGUGCAAUAUCGUAUGCAUCCAGAUUUAUCGAGAUUCCCAUCGAACUUUUUUUACGAAGGUUCGCUGCAAAAUGGUGUAUGCGCAGACGAGCGUAAGCUUGUGAAAAUCGACUUCCCUUGGCCAGUACCCGAUAAGCCUAUGUUCUUCUACGUAACUCAAGGACAAGAGGAAAUCGCUGGCAGCGGUACAUCUUACUUGAAUAGAACUGAAGCAUCGAAUGUAGAGAAGAUCACGACGCGUUUCUUACGUUGUGGAGUGAAACCUGAACAAAUCGGUGUUAUCACCCCUUACGAGGGUCAACGUGCUUAUCUUGUACAGUACAUGCAGUAUCAAGGAUCUCUACAUUCGCAGCUAUACCAGGAAAUUGAAGUAGCCAGUGUUGAUGCCUUCCAGGGUAGAGAAAAGGAUAUCAUUAUUAUGUCGUGUGUAAGGUCUAAUGAACACCAGGGGAUAGGUUUCUUAAACGAUCCAAGAAGAUUGAAUGUAGCCUUAACUAGAGCGAAGUACGGGAUCAUCAUCGUUGGAAAUCCAAAAGUGUUGUCGAAGCAGCCUCUUUGGAACCAUUUGCUGAGCUUCUAUAAGGAACAAAAAGUGCUGGUUGAAGGCCCAUUGAAUAAUCUUAAAGAAUCGAUGAUACAAUUUGCCAAACCAAAGAAACUUGUGAACGCCGCCAAUCCAGGAUCGCACUUCAUGUCUACCUCCAUGUAUGAUGCCAGGGAAGCUAUUAUUCCUGGUUCCGUUUACGACAGAUCUGGUGCUCAAGUAAAUGGCGCACAAGCACACAAUCCUUAUUAUCAGCGAAACGUACCAAUUGAUAUCUUCAGUCGUACUCACGACACCAUCAGUUACAUCAGUCCUGAGCGAGCACAAGCAGCUAUGAACAAUGUACCCGUACCUGUAGGUAUGUUCAUGAACAUGGCACACGUUCCACCACGGUUCUAUAAUCAACACCAGCAGGCAUUGCAAGCUCGACAGAACCAACGUAUGCGACGUGGUAAUAACAUGAAAGGUAACAAAGUUAGCGGAGGACCACGUCUUGGUAAACUUAGUCAAUCAGAUCAGAACACGCAACCAUACAGCCAGCCAGGAUUGCCACUGACUCAAGGUACAACACAAGGUAUGUCACAGCCUGGUUUCAGUCUGUCUCAGCCAGGAUUGUCGCAAGCUGAGCUGUCACAAGACUCGUUUGCCGUCGGAGAAUUUCAGUCGCAGAUGGACGGUUUGCUGUCCCAAGACUCGACUUAUCAAGGAGACCGUAGUGGUUUCUAUCAGUCCGGGCAAUCGCAAAUAGGAGGCCAGUUCUCCCAACCGUAUUGAGCUAAUUCAAUGUGGCUAAGCAAUGCAUUCGCCAUGCAACAGCGUCGCGGGAGCGACUGAGAAAGCUCGAGAUAGUUUCGAGAUCAAAUCUUCAUCGACAAGCAAACGGAUAAAACAAAAUAACAAUCAAAUCACUCUGUAACUGCGCGCGAGAAACGGUAAAUAUGAUCCAAACCAAAACUCUACGUGAGAGGGAGUUCCAUACACGUAAACACGUUUUGCGAGUUUGUAAAAAAAACAAACGAAAAAAGACGUCAACUAAUGUUUUGGACAUUUCUCUUGUUUGAAACAAAAACAAACAGAAAAAGAGACGAGGUUUUUUAACAGUAAUGACGAGAUAUAAAACAAUCGUCUAAAAUAAAAAAAAAUAAGAAAUACAAAAAAUAGGAAAAACAGUAAUAAAUACAGAAGGGAAAAUAUGUUUUUUCUUGUGGAUUCUCUCUCGGUCUCUAUUUGACUCGAUGAGAAAAUUGGAGACAAGGGUAAGGGAUUAAUCACCGUUUCACAUAGCGGAGUUGAUACUGGGAUUAGAAACGAAACGUUUUUAAACUAAGUAAGGGAAAAAACAAAUGACGGAUAAUGAUUCAAUGUUAAUAUGACACUGGUUACGCGCGUUAACAAAUGUUCAUAAUAGAAGCCUAAAAGAAAAUUUUAAGAUCGAGGAUUUCUUUAAGCUUGUGAAGUUAAAUUGAACAAUGACGGAAUAAUUUUGAGGAACUUCGUUUAAUCAAAUACGUGAGAACGAAAAAUAUAUCUUCAGCCUCACAUCUAACAAGAAAGAUUACAUUUAUCAUACCGAGCAGUAAAAUUUUAUUGUGUUACCCAUUCAUGAUACUAAAUUUUUCUAUCGUUUCCUUUUUAAAACAUUUUUCUUGUUAUCUAUGUAAAAUUAUAUUUCAGAAUGACAUUACCUAAUAACGAAGUUUUGAAUUAUAAAAAUAAUAGUCUUGAUAUAUAUACGUGUAGUAUUUUUUCUUAUUGGACGAAAUCAUGAGCUCAAGAUAUUUUUUUAAAUUAUUCCUUCAUUUGAGAAAAUAAAAAUCAAUAAAAUAAAAAUUAUACGUUAGUUGAAAAAAAAGUAAAAAAAAAAUAAGAAAGUUUUAUAUUUUUGGUUUUACUAUUCUACUUUAUUAAUAUCGCUAGUUUCACUGGAUAAAUAAAAUAUUUUUUAAUCUAGUGAGUUAUUAAAAACAAUCUAAGUUAUUUCUUUGUAUUCAAUAGGAGAUACAAAUUAAAGAAUUUUGCUCUUAUUUCUGUAAAUCUGCUUGGUUACACGUAUGAAAUGACAUUUCUCUAUUACUGUUCAAACCUUGGAAUGCGUUAAUUUUACGUACAAUCUAAAUGUUAGGUAUUAUCUAAAUCACACACAGAAAAAAAAUUUUGCGCAGAUGUUGUCAAGCCUAAAAUUAUUGGUUUUCUGUUUUUAUUUAAAUGAUGAACUAAACAUUACUAUAUGCAGAUUGUACAAAAUUUUGAAAAAUUUAUUGUAAUCUCUUGUACCAAUAAAUUUAAUUUGAGACUCUAACGAUAAUGUUAAUUUUUUAUUUUAAUAAAUUUUUAAUAAUUAUAAUCGAA